GUCUUCAACCCCAUGAGAAGUUUUAUCCGACCAAUGAGAAUCGCCGGUGCCAUCGUGCGCCGCCCAGCCACGGCAAGCUCGUCAUUGAGAAGGACAAGCGCAAACGGGGAGACCGAGGUCUUAAGAGGACCUUAAGGAUGGUACCGGCACACUGUUGCUCGUCUCCUUAAAGACAGCGAACCGUCAAUCAGUCACGAAACCGUUUGUCGCGUCGCGCGAGAUAUUAAGGGAUAAAUCUCACCCAUAAACGGAAUUAUCGACGAAAAAAAUCUCUUCUCGCUAGUUCGCGAAUUCGUUCAUCGUAAAAAUCAUUAUGAGUGGAUCAGGAAAGAGUCUUCUCGGGGUGUGGCUCUACAGAAGAGGUGAAAGUUGGGCUGUCAAGGAAGGAAGUCCGCUACACAAAUCGCGCGACAUCCCUGAGAACGAGAAUAAUUCGACUAAUGACAACAAGAAUUCUGUGAUAUUUUCUUUGAAGAACCAAGUCGGUGGCUUGGCACGAGCACUUCAAGUGUUUCAGGAUUUAGGUAUAAAUGUCGUGCACAUUGAAUCGAGGAAGUCACUGCGCCGCGGCUCCGAGUACGAUAUCCUCGUGGAUGUCGAGUGCGACCCGAAGAGGAUGGAGCAAUUAAUGAAGAUGCUGAGCCGCGAAGUAGCAGCUAUCAAUCUCGCCCAUUACGAGCAAAUUGGAAGUAUACCACGCGCGCCUUCUCUUUCGACCGCGACAAGCUUUGAUUUUAGCGAAGUAGACAUGCCCUGGUUCCCGCGGAAGAUAUCGGACCUUGAUCGGGCGCAGAAAGUUCUCAUGUACGGAUCUGAAUUGGACGCGGACCAUCCCGGUUUUAAGGAUACGGUGUAUCGUAAACGCCGCGAGGAGUUCGCCGAUAUCGCUUACAAUUACAAAUAUGGUCAACCGAUACCAAGAGUGCAGUACACGCCGGAAGAGAUCAAAACUUGGGGAACUGUUUUCCGCGAACUGCACGCACUUUAUCAAAAAUUCGCGUGCAAGGAAUAUCUGGAAAAUUGGCCGAAGUUAGUCAAGUACUGUGGAUACAGAGAAGACGGCAUACCACAGCUGCAGGAUAUAAACGUUUUCCUGAAGCGAACGACGGGAUUUCAACUUCGCCCAGUCGCGGGUUAUCUGACACCGCGGGAUUUCCUCUCUGGCCUUGCUUUCCGCGUGUUUCACUGCACGCAGUAUAUUCGACAUUCUUCCGAUCCAUUUUACACACCGGAGCCAGAUUGUUGCCACGAAUUGCUGGGCCACAUGCCGCUGCUUGCAAACCCAAGCUUCGCGCAAUUCUCUCAAGAACUCGGUCUGGCUUCUCUCGGCGCGUCGGAUGAAGAUAUAGACAAACUGGCAACCCUGUAUUUCUUCACGGUGGAGUUCGGUCUGUGCAAGCAAGAUGGUAUGCUACGCGUAUACGGCGCCGGUCUACUGUCGUCGGUGGCGGAAUUGAGACACGCGGUCACCACCCCCGAGAAGACCAUGAGAUUCGAACCUGACAUCACUUGCAAGCAGGAAUGCAUCAUCACCGCAUUCCAGAAUGCUUAUUAUUAUACGGACAGCAUAGAGGAGGCAAAGGAGAAGAUGCGCGCGUUCGCUAAUCAGAUUCAACGACCCUUCGGGAUACGUUACAAUCCAUAUACUCAGUCGGUGGAGGUAUUGACGGAUGCUCAGAAGAUCACGGCAGUGGUCAGCGAGCUACGGGGCGAUCUUUGCAUAGUAUCGAACGCCCUGAAAAAGAUUCAUGAGCAGGACGAUACCGUCGACGUCGAAAGGAUAACGAACCUGCUGACGCAUGGCAUCGAGCUGCCGCAGGAUAGCGCGUCCUCGGACAGCGAUCAGGACAACAGUCCCAAUGCCGAGGAGACUCAUCAAGAUCAACACCGUGACGCUAAAGGUGUCAUUAUGAAGAAUUAAAUAACAUCGUCCUUAACACAUCCCAUUAAAUCCUAAAAAUGCUUCAAAUUCUCCAAAAUCGACGUAAAAUUUUAGAAAUGGAUUCUUUCGCGAACGCAGAAAUCUCUUUGUCUUUCAUGCAGAUGUCGUAAAAUCUAAUAAAGAUAUUUAUUAUUAAGAUAAUUAUUAUUUUAAAGAACGAACUCAUAAGAUAUUAAAAAGUAUAAAAUAGAUGGAUUAAAAAUUAAAUUGUCUAUUUAUUCUAUUUGUCUGACUAAGAAUAAGAAUAUAUCGAUAACAAAUAACCUCUAGAUAGUCUAGGUUCAAACAUAUAAAAGAAAGUAAUUAAAACAUCAAUAUUAGUGAAAUCAUCUCGUUGUAGAAUUUACGUUAGUGUGAAUAAUUAAAUUAAAAUGUUAACUGUGCAUGUAAUAACAUAAAAUAUAAUUAUCUUUUGAGCCGAGGUUUCUCUCGUCAAAGAGCAAAAGGAAAAUUCUAUGAAUUAAAUUUUCAACUUUAAUUUAUUCCAUUAUAUAUACAUUCAAAAUUUAAAAGUUACUCGGCAGUAACUUUUAAUCCUCCCACAUAAUAUAUAUACUUUGGCUCUCUGUUUCUGUUAAAUGUACAAAAUAAGAUUUAUGUAGAACGUUAGAAAUAUGUAUCGUAAUGGGAUUAAGAAAUAUAUAUAAAGCAAUAAUAAUUCCAA